AAAAACCCAAAACCAAACAAGGACUGAAACUCAGCAAUUGGAUCCUUUAAAUUUUGAGUCUCUAUUUCUUGAUUUGAAGUACUGAUCUGUAUUUCUGAACCAAAUAAAAAUCCUAUUGUUUUAAUAAUUAAGGGGUUGUUUGUUAGUGGAAUAAAAAUGGGAAGAGCACCUUGUUGUGAUAAAACAAAUGUGAAAAGAGGGCCAUGGUCUCCUGAAGAAGAUGCUACUUUGAAGAAUUAUCUUCACAAAUAUGGAACUGGUGGCAACUGGAUUUCUCUCCCUCAAAGAGCUGGUUUAAAGAGGUGUGGGAAGAGUUGCAGAUUAAGGUGGCUUAAUUAUCUAAGGCCAGACAUAAAACAUGGAGCUUUUUCCGAGGAAGAAGAUAACAUCAUCAUCUCACUCUAUUACAAAAUGGGUAGUAGGUGGUCAGUGAUAGCUGCCAAUCUACCAGGAAGGACAGAUAAUGAUGUGAAGAAUCAUUGGAAUACUAAGCUGAAGAAGAAGCUUUUUGGUGGAAGCAACAACAAUAAUAACAAUGUUAACAAAUUUAAUCCUUCUAUAAUCCCAAAAAUUGAAGUCCCUUUCAAUUACACCAAUAUAUUUAAUCAUAAUAAUUCAUCCAUUUUCAAUGUUAAUCCUCAAUCUUCAAUUCCUACUCCUUCAAUUUCACCUAGUUAUGUUGACAAUAAUGGCACUAAUCAUAACUUUAAUCAUGAUCAUGAUCAUGAUCAUCAUAACCAAAUCUAUGUUCCUAAUUUUCCUAGCUUUUCAAAUUUGCUAGCUCAAUGUAGUACACCUACUUCUAGUACUUCAUUGUUGCCUAAUUUUACCACCUUGGAUCAUUCAUAUAAUGCUAAUUAUGACUCGAGUCAUAGCAUAAAUUAUUCUCGAAACCCGUUUUACCAAUUGACUUCUUCUUUCACAGGCCCAGAGAAUAUAGGACCACCUGAAAAAGUUUCUAGUGUCUCUGAUUCUUCGUUAAUUGUUAAUGAAUCAAGUUUGGAGGAUGAUCCAUUUUUGGCGGAGUUAGGAUUUGGAUCUAUUCAAGAAGUUAUGAUUAACCCUACUUGUGGUUAUGGUGAUGGAGAAGAUAUUAAGCCCCAAUUGCAUGGACUUGGUCAAAGUGUUGCUAAUUGAUGAUUAUUAUUAAUAUUAUAACUAGCUAGGAUUAUUAAGUUUAAUUUGCUUGUUUUAAAUUAUUGUUAAUGUUAAUUAUUACUAGUAGUAUAUUUUAGUAGUGAUUAGAAUUGCUACAUCACCCCUCACUUGGUUGUACUUUGUUCAUAGAAAGGGGACAAUGAAAUGUGAAUCAAAUUGAAGAAGUAAUUUACCAAAAGAAGUACUCUUGUUUGUUUACUACUUCUAUCUCUAUUAUUGCAAAGAAAAGUAGUAGCAUGACAAAAGGAACAUACAAGCUAGUAUACUUUAACAUCAAAAUUUCUAAGUUGUUUUUAUUUAUGAUUAUG